AACACAAGCACUAGCUAGCUAGUCCACCACAACCAUAUAUGCCAUUAUCAAAAGCCAAAUAGAAGAGUUGAGUUAAUUUGGUCCUAGCUAGCAAGCUAGUUGCAGACCUUUUAACUCCUUCCCCUUCCCCUUCCAGAAACCAAAACCCAUUGAUCAAUCAGUUUUCCAUUCAUUUAGGCAAGACAGCUCCAUUAUCUGGUCCUUGAUCCAACAAAGAUGUGGCAUAUGCUGGCAACAAUGAGGCAAAAUAUCCAAAACAUGAGGAAAAGUCCUAGAGUAGCAGAUGAGAGCAUGGUUAACACAGGACAUGGGAACUUAGCAGAAGAAUUGCCAAUUUAUAGAAGAUCAUCAUCGCGCGGUUGGAAGGGUUUUUCCGUUAUAGUUAGCGUUGUGAUCCUGCCAUUUUCAGUUCUUUCUUGCUUCUCUCAGCCUAAUGUUCAGGGCGGUGACGGGGUAUGGGCCUCUGGUGAUAUUGCGCAGAUAACGGAGAUGAAUCAUCUAAUGGUAAGUGACAGCAUGCGCUACGCCAUCUUGAUGUAAACUGUAGUGAAACUGUAUCGCUUGUAUCGGAGUGUCCUGGUUUUGCAGUAGUUCUACUGCUUAUAAUUGCAUGGAUUGGGAGACGUAGAUACCUUUCUUUAAUAAAUAGAUGGUGAUUCAUGUAAUAGUCUUAAAUCCUUAUUAUAUUAGAUAUGAAUGUCGACUGUCGAUGUUUGCAUUGCUAGCUCUUAUAUGGCCACUGAUCUUGUUUCAUUCCGAGCUAACUAAGUCCAUGCUCUGGUUAGAUAGUGGUCUUCUUCCUGCAUUAUUGUGACCUAAUGUAUUGUUAAUGAGUGUUUGAGUGAGCUUUGCUGUGGC